AUGGCUUCACAACCCCACGAGGCAGCAGCGCCACUGGCGCAGAUAGACUCAGAGCUCGAGAAGGACCAGUCUAAGAACGACAGAACCGAGGAAGAAGAAAUUGAAGAAGAAACCGCCAGCACCAAAGAACUACGAAUCACGAGAGACCAACGCCCACUCACUGUGCCAUUGAGAAACACUCGAAGUCGAUCGUCGGCAAGGUCGGUGAAGUCGUACAUCAGCCACACGGAUGGAUAUUCCCACUUCAACGAAGCGAACGAUGAGGAGAAACAACGAGCGAGUGGCGCGGAUGGUGGCAAUGGUCUGGAGAAAGAAUUCGAAGUCACGUUUGAUGGCGAUGCGGAUCCUUACAACCCCAAGAAUCGUCCUUACUUUCGAAAGUGGCUCAUUGUGGUUAUCGUUUCCGCGAGCUCGCUAUGCGUGACAUGUGCUUCGGCUCUGUAUACUAGUACUUACAGGCAACUCGAGGAGGAGUUCCAUGUUUCUCGCGAAGUGGCGACGCUCGGCUUGACGACGUUCGUCUGUGGGCUUGGACUGGGUCCUAUGUUCUUGAGCCCCUUAUCCGAGUUCUACGGUCGACGGAUCAUCUACCUUUGCGCCUUUGGAAUGUACUUCAUCUGGCUCAUACCUUGUGCCGUGGCGAACAACAUCGCCACCAUGCUGGUCGUUCGUUUCUUCGAUGGACUGGCGGGCAGUGCUUUCCUGUCCGUUGCCGGUGGCACAGUCGGAGAUAUGUUCCACAGGGAUCAGCUCUCUGCUCCGAUGAUGGUGUACACGGCAGCGCCUUUCGUGGGGCCAGAGAUUGGACCAGUCGUGGGAGGCUUCAUCAAUCAGUAUACAAGCUGGCGAUGGUCGUUUUGGGUUCUCCUGAUUUGGGCGGGACUCCAAUGGACCUUGAUUGCACUCUUCGUCCCUGAGACCUAUGCACCGGUCCUGCUGCGACGAAAAGCCAUCAAGCUUCGGAAAGAGACUGGCGACGAUCGCUGGCACGCACCAAUCGAGGUCAUGAAGCGGUCGGUAUCGAAGACGGUGAUGUGGUCCUGCAGUCGGCAUGCUGAUGGGAGUCUCGUGCGACCCGUUAUGGAGACGGAACUGCAAGUCGCCCCUUUCGAUGUGUAUCCAGGUACUGACAUUCUGCAAGACAUACGCUUGGUCGACAAGAAUGGAGGCACGUCCGAGCCAGAGUUCAGACUACCGCCAACCAUCGUUGGAGCGAUGAUAGUGCCAGUGAGCCUUUUCGGCUUUGGAUGGACCACGUACAGCCAUGUCCACUGGAUAGCUCCUAUCAUUUUCUCAGUGCUUUUCGGAUUGGGAAACAUCUUCUGCUUCUCUGGAAUCUUCACUUUCCUCGUCGAAGCGUACCCGCUGUAUGCGGCAUCCGCGCUUGCAGCGAACUCCUUUGCAAGAUCCAGUUUCGCCGCAGCCUUUCCCCUGUUUGGUAACCAGAUGUACAACAAACUUGGAUACCAAUGGGCAUCCAGUUUGCUUGCAUUCAUAGCGCUUGCGAUGACGCCGUUCCCUUUUCUGUUCUUCAGGAUGGGCAAGCGGCUAAGGGGCACGUCACGGUUCGCCCAAGCGAAGUAG